UAAUAAUAUAUCAAAUCCUUCCUAUCCAUUUUCUGUUCUGUUCGUUCCACCUCGAAGGCUGAGGGACGAAAGCAGAAAACUUCGAGCGAGAAGGCAAGAGGAAUCAAAUUCAUAGAACACAGCAAAUUCUUAUGCGAAUUUCUUCUAAAUGUAAUCCACAAGUUCUUGGGUGAUGCGGAAGGCCUUGCUCAAAAUGGAAUCGGGGAGAGGGGGAUCCGCCGCAAAUAGAGAAUUGGCGUUUGUCUGAAUGCCGCAAGACCGGGCCGCUCCUCGUAGCCUUUUCCCGCUGUGAACCCAGAGUUGCACCAGGAGUGGACGUGGACCCGGCUCGAACUUGGACCUGCAACCGGGCUCCUGAUGCUAGACCCGAUAACUUAGUCUCUAGCAAAUCAAAUUGAUGCAAAUUAUAGGUUGGACUCAGAUGUUAAGAUCUUGUGGAUGAAAAAGUGAUGGAUGUCCAUUACCAGCUUCCGAGGGCUGCGAUCUCCACCAAAAAAUACUCAUAUGUUUGUGAAGAUCGACAAGGAUUUCAAAUAAUUACAAGGCAUCAUGUCGUUGUAAGAAGGAAGAAGAUGCUAGAAUUUUUGCUUUGGUGUGCGGUUUUUGGGUUGAUGGCAUGCAUUUGCACAUUACUUUCAUCCACUGUGGAACAAGGAGCUAGUUUUAUUGGCAUGUGUAUUCUAUGCAUUUUGGUUGCCACAGCCAUACAUAGAAAUGGUAUUCAACAAGAGUCUGUUGUGGUUAUGCCUACACUCGGUGUGCAACUUGAAACAUACUAUAGAAGUGGGAAAGUUUUUCGACGCUUUGUGCCUAUGGGUAAUAUUCUAGCAGCAGUUAUAAAUGAAGCUGUCACACCCUUCACUUGCUAUUGGUACUUGGCUUUGAUUGUAAGAGAUGAAAGAAAGCUCGUUUUGGUUUUUCAGGAACUGCGACCACCAUUGGAUAUGUUGGUUCCAAUAUGGAAAUCUUUGUGCAGUGCCAUUGCCAAUAAAAUGUUGCAGCAAUCAAAUGAUGGAGAUUGGUCUUCCUCAUUUGCUUAGAGUUCAAAUGAUAGGUUACCUUGGGCAUUUAAAAAAUGAGUUGCAGAUAAAUUGUUCCUUUUUAUUGUACACAAAUUAGUGCACUCAUAAUUAGAUUCCUCAAAGAAAUUCGUCUCACACGCUUGUGUAAAGACUAAGUAGCACAGACCUUGGAUUUCAAGAGCAAAUCUGUUUUGUGGAAUUAGGAUUUAUUUCUCCUGGCCAAGAAUUUUAACAGCUCCUCCAUAUGGCUAUUGCUUUCUCAUGUUUGAAAUGGGUUUUCAGUUUGCCAAUUUGGGAUUGUCCUGUGUAUUAUACUAACUUGCUGUUCUAUGGAAGUGUACAUUGUUUGCCAUAGUAGA